GGAGCGGGCUGCACCGCUGGAGGAUGUUGGCUCCUCGCGCGCAGGGGGGAAGGCAGGGAGACCCCAGCCCGGCGCAGGGGGGGCGGGGGCGGCCGAGGAAAGACACCGCCGGCGGGAGCGCUGCCCGCGCCACACAAUAGCGCAGCUCCGCGGCCCCGGGACUUGCGAGCAGCCCGGCCCGGGAAGUUGGUGCUCGCUGCCGGCGCCCCAUGGCCGCCCGGCCCUGACGCCCGGGCCGGAGCGGGCCAGAGCCGGCCGCCACCAUGUCCAUGCUGCCCACCUUCGGCUUCACGCAGGAGCAAGUGGCGUGCGUGUGCGAGGUGCUGCAGCAGGGGGGCAACAUCGAGAGGCUGGGCCGGUUCCUCUGGUCGCUGCCCGCCUGCGAGCACCUCCAUAAGAACGAGAGCGUGCUCAAGGCCAAGGCCGUGGUGGCUUUCCACAGGGGCAACUUCCGCGAGCUCUACAAGAUCCUGGAGAGCCACCAGUUCUCGGCGCACAACCACCCCAAGCUGCAGCAGCUGUGGCUCAAGGCGCACUACAUCGAGGCGGAGAAGCUGCGGGGGCGGCCCCUCGGGGCGGUGGGCAAGUACCGCGUGCGCCGCAAGUUCCCCCUGCCCCGCUCCAUCUGGGACGGCGAGGAGACCAGCUACUGCUUCAAGGAGAAGAGCCGCAGCGUGCUGCGCGAGUGGUACGCGCACAACCCCUACCCGUCCCCCCGCGAGAAGCGCGAGCUGGCCGAGGCCACCGGCCUCACCACCACCCAGGUCAGCAACUGGUUCAAAAACCGGCGGCAGCGAGACCGGGCGGCCGAGGCCAAGGAAAGGUACGAGGAAAACAACGAGAAUUCCAACUCCAACAGCCACAACCCGCUCUCGGCCUCCAUGAACGGCAAUAAGACAGUUUUGGGCAGCUCGGAAGACGAGAAGACGCCGUCAGGGACCCCUGACCACACUUCUUCCAGCCCAGCCUUGCUGCUCAAUUCCAACCCGGGCCUGCAACCGCUGCACGGCUUGGGGCACCCCCAAGGGCCUAGCGCCAUCCCGGUGCCCACUGCGGACCCUAUGCACCACCACAACUUGCAGGACUCCAUUCUCAACCCCAUGUCGUCUAACUUGGUGGACCUCGGUUCCUAAAGCUAUCGACGCGCUCCCUUCCUCCCCUUCCUCCUUCCCUCCAUAUUCCCCCCCUCCCCUUACCAAACAAAAAAGCAAAAAAGCAAAAAAAAAACAAAAAAAAACAAAACAAAAAAAAAAAAGCAAAUCUUGUCUGAAACUUUGCAAGCGAUGGGGACGGGGGGCCCUGAACGGGUCUGCCCAUGCCCCUUCGGAGCAGGGCUGGCUGCUGGGACUGCCUGGAAGGUCCCGUGCUUAGACGGCAUGCGGUGAUGUGGUGACAAAGUCUUAAGGGUUGUGCAAAGCUGGCGCGAAGCAAAAAGACUAUUUGCUAGGACCUGUGAUCGGGACAGCAGACUAGGACGGUUCUGGAUAGCAGCUCUCUUUCUAUAUAUAUAUACAUAUAUAUAUUCCCUCCCUCCAGCAGCCUGAACUUCGCAAAUCUCUUGGUCUUUGAAUUGAUCGAUCUAUGAUUUUUCUAUGAUCGGUCCGGUCUGUGUAUGUGAAAAGGCACAUUGUAUUUGUGAGGGGGAGGGGAGCGGGAGCGGAGGCUGUUAUCGACAUGCCUCUUGGAAGACACACCUGGCUCCUGGUCCCCUCGUGUAGCUAUCCCCCCGUGGCAGGUGUACGAUGCACCACUGCAACCGCGAGUACAAACGUUUGUAGUCAAGUUAUAGCAGAAACACGCGCGCUAGGCAGACUCUGUAACCUCCUUGUAGCUGACGCUGUGCAGAGAACCGGCUUCUUUCGCCUUGUCCCUCUCCGGUGCUUUCGCCAUGUGUUGGGUGGAAUAGAGGAACCCGAGCCUGCCCCUGCUCCGGCUCUCCCACCGACCCCUCCCGGGGGCAGGACCGGGCCCUCGAGAAGAAGAGGAAGGAGAAACGUAAGAAUAAAAUGAACCCCAUGCUGCUCAUUCUUAGCCCUGCCCGACAGUAUCCGCCGCGAGUCACUCGACUUUAGUUUUGUUUAUUGUUUAUAUUAUGUGAAUACAUUCUUUGGAAAAUAUUUCUGCUUUUAUUUUAUAAUAAAAUUUAGAAAUGGAA